UUUCAAUUCGAUCUGGGGGUCGGUGCAGCCGCCAGCGUGAGAUUAAGUACAUUGGGGACGCCAAGGAGAAGAUCCAAGUAAGUCCAGGCCGUGAUUUGACCGAGGAAUCCUUGCGGGAUGGGGAGGAAAUUGCCCCCUUUUGCUCCGGCGGCGACAAGGAAGCGAAAAGGUUCCGCCUUGGCCCCGCUCGCCGCGUGCAAGCACAGUGCGCCGGCGCGGCAAAUCGGUGGCUGGGCGUCCCUGCCCACCGACAUAGUGGGCCUCAUCACCUGCCGGCUCCUGGCCGGCGACGGCGAUGUGGUCGAUUACAUCUGCUUCCGCGCCGUCUGCUUCAGCUGGCGCGCCUGCACGCCCGCUCCCCGCGACCCCAAUCUGCGGGAUCCGCGCCUCCGCCCGCGCGGCUGGGUCGCGCUCUGUGACGGGGACGCCGUCCGCCCGGACGACGCCUGCGAGAUCGUCUUCUUCCACACGCGCACCGCCAGGCGCCUCCGCGUCCCCUUGCCGGAGCUCCGGCGGCACAGAAUCAUCGGCUUCACCGACGGUCUCGUCAUCCUCAUGCACAAGACCACCACCGCGGUCCGCGUGCUGCACCCGUUCACGCGCGACGUGGUCGACUUCCAGCCCCUCGCUACUCUGUACCACCAGGUGGUCAGGCACAAGGGGUCCCUGCUUGACAUGAACGCCGCGGUGUGCAGCAGCGCGGCGUCCUCCGCAGACUCCAUUGCCGUGGUGGUCUGGUUCCCCUACACGGACGUGGUGCUUGCGGCCGACCCGGGCUCAGAUUGGGAGGUCCUCCACAGAGGAUUCUAUGUUUGGUGCGCCUUGCCCUUCCAAGGAAGGCUCUAUGCCACCCUGUGUUGUUCGAGUGAGAUUGUGCAGCUAUACCCUCCGAGACGAAACGGACCGCAAGAGAACUCUCUGGUGGUGAUUGCUCGCGCUCCACAUUCUGCUGACCGCGAAGUCUGUAAUUUUACCUCGUGGAGUCUGGAGGAAGGAUGCUGCUCGCCGUCCGGCAGCCAGCUCCUUAUGCAAAUGGGGCAGAAUGGAAUGCGAUUGACUGGUCGCGACAAUUGGUCUGCAGGCUCUAUGUAGUGGAUCUGAACGGCGGCCAACGCCGUAAGCUCAUCCAGGUGAAGAACAUAGGUGACACCGCGCUGUUUCUCAGCCGCGACCGAUGCCUGUCAGUCUCAGCCAGGGACCUCCCUUCCUUGAGCAGCAACUCCAUUUACCUCAGUCUACCAUCGGACCCCAUUGUGGUGCAUUCGCUGGGCACUGGUUUGUCCGAGCGAUUGGCAGACUCCUGCCAGAUACACGACAGGACAGAGAGGAUCCGCCCCUCUGUGCAUCCCUUCACCAUUGUUGAUCAUCUUAUCACGUACUGCAAUCCUCGCGUGUGGAGUAAAGGGCUCAUGUUCCACGAGUACCACUAUAUACCUCAAUCUUUCGAGGAAUUGAUCAAGAAAAUAAGGGCACAAGAGAGGGAACUGCGGAUUCCACGCGCUGUGCAUUCGUGCUGAAGGAACAAACGCCAUGUUUCACAUUACUCACUGAAUUACAAAGGUGCAAAUAAUGCCAGUAGACACUAGGCACAGCUUCUUACAACUGUGUCAGUUGGAGUUUUUGAGUCACACAACUUCUAACCUGGCACACUGUUUGUUGAUCUGAUUUUAAUCAUUUUAUUGUGUUGUUGCA